AUGGCUCCUAACGUCCCUGCUGCAAGCAGUUUCCCUUCAGGCGCCGUUUCCGUCGCCAAUACUGCUCUUCCCAUGCCCCCCGCCAAGGCCCCGGCCACGCCGUCUGUUGUAGGGAUGCGUGCGCCACACGCAAGCCCGCUCAAGCUGGCCCCCGGCCCUGCUGACGUGGCGGGCAACCCACGCAAGUGGUCCCCACCACCGCCGCAGGACGGCAUCCCAUUGGACGAGCGACCCGAGUGGCUGCGCGACGAGGCGUUGCCGUUUCUGGAGCUGUUUGAGCGCAACGCGAGGAAGUUUCCUAACAAGGCGGCGGUGACGUGGGUGGAGGAGAAGGGCGAGAUGAAGCAGUGGUACACCUAUGAGGAGCUGGACGCACUGUCACGUGCAGUGAGUGCAUCGCUGGUGGGCGAGUGGGGGGCAGCGCGGGGCGACCGAGUGGUGCUGCUGUACCCGCCGGGGCUCGACUUCCUCAUUGCCUUCAUUGCCUGCCUGCGCUCUGGAGUGGUAGCGGUGCCAGUGUACCCGCCCAACCCGCGUGAGCUGAAGAAGGACGUGGAGAAGCUCACUCGCCUCGUCAAUGACUGUGGGGCACGCAUCGUGCUCUCCACGUCCGAGUAUCGCUCCAAGAUCCGCCUGUCGCUGCUGAAUCUCGUGCGGUGGCCGGGAGAGCACUGGUACAACACCAACGGCAUCAAGCCACUCCCUCGCAGCGCGACCGAGAACGGCAGCAGCAACAACGAGAAUGGAACUGGCGGGACCAGCAACAGCAGCAGCAGUGAUGAGAUAGCGUUUCUGCAGUACACGUCAGGGUCCACUGCGGAUUCCAAGGGCGUCAUGAUCACGCACACCAACAUCGCCCACAACGUCAUGUUCAUCCGCCGAACCCUGCGGAUGCAUUCCGGUAUCCGCUUCUUUAGCUGGCUGCCUCAGUACCACGACCUGGGGCUGAUAGUGGCGUAUCUGAGCACGCUCACAGCGGGCGGCAGUGGGGUGUACAUGUCUCCUAUCGACUUCAUCCAUCGCCCUGCAUCCUGGCUGCAGUGGAUGAGCCGCCUCAAGAUCACCCACACAGCAGCGCCCAACUUUGCUCUCAACCUCACCACUCGCAAGUUCGCUCCCUCCAGAGAUGCUGCUCUGCCUGCCCGCUUCCUCUCCGCCUCUCUCCCACCCUCCUCCUUCCCCACCCCUCACAACCCCUCUUCCUCCUCCCCCACCGCUCUCAACCCAUCUGCUGCGCUUCCCACCGCUCUGGACCUCUCGUCGCUGGAGUGUUUUCUGAACGCGGCUGAGCCGGUGCGACCGGAGGCGAUAGAGAGGUGGAAUGUGGUGCUGGGGCGGUAUGGGUGGGACCCAUGUGGCAUGUGCCCGUGCUAUGGGCUGGCAGAGCAUGUGGUCGGCGUGUCAGGAUGGGGCAGCAAGCUGCUGCAUCUCCCGGACAUUACUCUGCAUAGCAGCGGUCACCUCGCCACGUACCCUGUGGACGGCCGGGUGGUCAUCGUCAAUCCCGAGACGCGUGAGCAGUGUGCAGAGGGCGAGGAGGGUGAGAUCUGGGCGCGCAGCUGCCACGUGGCGCGUGGCUACUGGGGCAAGCCGGAACUGUCAGAGGAGACAUUCCGUGCCCGCAUGAGGGAGGGAGGCCCAGGCUCCGACGGCGGCGCAUACCUGCGCACGGGGGACCUGGGGCUGGUGGUGGCGCAGCAGCUGUUCAUCACAGGGCGCAUCAAGGACCUCAUCAUCGUGGGCGGGAAGAACUACUACCCGCAGGACAUCGAGCUGACCGUAGAGUCCGUUUCGGACAGCAUUCGCCCCGGCUGCUGCGCCGCCUUCAGCGUGAACAAGACGAGCCACGGGGCGGCAGCGGGCAGCAAGGAAGGAACAACAGAGAAAGGAGAGACUGGGGAGAAGGGAGAGGAGGAGGAGGUGUUGGCAGUGGUGGUGGAGGUGAAAGCAGUUGCACAGGAAGGGUGGUGGCGCGGAGGGGGAGUAGGAGGUGGUGGGGAGGGUGGGUUGACGAAGCAGCAGAUGAAUGAGCUAGCGGGGGAGAUUCGCAGUGCCGUGGUGCGGGCGCAUGGCGUCAUGCCUGCCAUCGUGGCUAUAAUUCCCCCUCGCACGAUCCCCAAGACCACGAGUGGAAAGAUACGGCGCAAGGAGACGAGCCACCGACUCACCUCAGGCGCACUCAGCGUGCUCAACAGUAACUCGCAUGUGGAAGGAGGCGCUGGAGAGACCAUUGAGAGUCUGCACUCGAUGCCUGAGCCGUCUGGGGCGAAGGGAGGAGAGGAGGACGUGGUGAUUGUGGAGGAGGAAAGCUCUGCUGAGGUGCCUCGAGAAAGAGGAAAGGGAAAGUGGGGAAAGGGGGGAGGCAGCCAGCAAGAAGAUGGUAGAGGAGGAGGGACAGGUGGAAGGAGAAGGGAUGCAGGAGCAGGGGUGCGGUCUGAGGGAACGGAUGGAGCAGAGGAGGAAGCAAAUGUAGUGGCACCACUGCCAGUGGCGUCAGAAGCAGCAGCAGCAGCAGAGGGCGACGUGGCAGGGGCAAAGGAUGGACAGGGCAAAGAUGCAGAAGGGGAUGGGGCUGCGGAAGAAGAGGAGGACAUGGGUGCUGCCAAGUGGGAUGGCAUGGGUGUGGAAGCAGCUGUGAAGGCUAUCAUGGGUAUCCAUGACCUGGAGAUUGCCGGGGAGCCACUGCUGAUCGACAUAGGGCUCACGUGA